AUGAGAAAAAAACCUUUUAUAUCAAAUAAAAAACAUAUUAUAUCAAACCACCAAGUUGGGUAUCUUUUAGAAGAUACUUCUAAUAAUGAAAGUAAAAGCUUGUUCUCUUCUAAUGAUGAAAGUAAAAAUAAUAAUAUGAGAAUUAAUGAAACUGAUAAAACUAAAGAAGAGA